AUGUUGGAGGCGCUGAAGGCCGAGGACAAAAAAUCAGAGGUUUCCUUCCAUAGGACACACCAGGCCUCGGCGUGGGCGGAGCGUCAAGUCAGCAUCCGUACUCUGGUCCUCAAGAUCCGCAGGGAACAACAGGCACUGAUGUCCGAGGCCCAGUUACUGGGAUCAUGGGUGGAGUGGAAUCUCCUUUCCCUGAAGGCGGAGUACAUUUCAGGGGAGGUGAACCGGCAGGCGGAUUAUCUGAGUCGCUCUACAGUGGCCUUCUUAAUAGCUGUGAUAUCGACGAGGCGCGUCUCGGAAUUAGCAGCUCUUUCCGGGACAGAAGGUCUCUUCCUCUACUAUUGCCAGGUGGAUCAAGGCCUGCAUUGCGGAGUCGUACCGGAAAUUCGAGCUCAGCUAACAGAACAACAAAAAUGCCUGGAGCAGCAAACUGAGAUGAGAGUGCAGCUUCUUCAAGACUUGCAAGACUUCUUUCGUAAAAAGGCAGAUAUAGAAACGGAAUAUUCACGCAGUCUUGAAAAGUUAGCUGAAAGGUUCAUGGCAAAAACAAGAAGUACUAAAGAUCAUCAACAGUACAAGAAAGACCAGAAUCUGCUAUCUCCAGUAAAUUGUUGGUACUUACUUCUCAACCAAGUGAGAAGAGAAAGCAAAGACCAUGCGACACUGAGCGAUAUCUACCUGAACAAUGUCAUCAUGCGUUUUAUGCAGAUAAGUGAAGAUUCCACCAGAGUAUUCAAGAAGAGCAAAGAAAUUGCAUUCCAGCUUCAUGAAGAUUUAAUGAGGGUUCUUAAUGAGCUUUACACGGUUAUGAAAACAUACCAUAUGUAUCAUACUGAGAGCAUCAGUGCAGAAAGUAAAUUGAAAGAGGCUGAAAAGCAAGAAGAAAAACAAAUUGGCAGAUCUGGAGACCCUGUUUUUCAUAUUCGACUGGAGGAAAGACACCAAAGACGGAGUUCAGUGAAGAAAAUUGAAAAAAUGAAGGAAAAACGUCAAGCAAAAUACUCUGAAAACAAACUGAAAUCUAUUAAAGCCAGAAAUGAAUAUCUGCUAACCCUUGAAGCAACAAAUGCAUCUGUUUUCAAAUAUUAUAUUUAUGACCUUUCAGACCUGAUUGAUUGUUGCGAUCUUGGAUAUCAUGCAAGCUUGAGCAGAGCCUUAAGAACAUAUCUCUCUGCAGAAUAUAACCUUGAAACCUCACGACAUGAGGGCUUGGACAUCAUUGAAAAUGCUGUUGACAAUCUGGAGCCCCGAAGUGACAAGCAGAGAUUCAUGGAAAUGUAUCCUAUAGCCUUCUGUCCUCCAAUGAAAUUUGAGUUUCAACCCCAUAUGGGUGAUGAGGUUUCUCAAGUCAGUGCCCAACAGCCAGUUCAAGGAGAAUUCAUGCUUAGAUAUCAGCAACUUCAGUCUCGACUAACAACUUUGAAAAUUGAAAAUGAAGAGGUUAAGAAGACAACAGAAGCUACUUUACAGACAAUACAAGAUAUGGUCACCAUUGAAGACUAUGAUGUUUCUGAAUGCUUCCAGCACAGUCGUUCAACUGAGUCUGUGAAGUCAACAGUUUCUGAGACCUACCUGAGCAAGCCUAGCAUAGCUAAAAGAAGAGCUAACCAGCAGGAGACUGAACAGUUUUAUUUCAUGAAAUUCAGAGAGUACUUGGAAGGAAGCAAUCUUAUCACGAAGCUUCAGGCAAAACAUGAUUCACUGCAGCAGACACUUGGAGAAGGUCAUAGGGCAGAAUAUAUGACUACAAGCAGAGGACGAAGGAACUCACAGACCAGACAUCAGGACUCAGGACAAGUAAUCCCCCUCAUUGUAGAAAGCUGUAUCCGAUUUAUCAAUUUGUAUGGUCUUCAACACCAGGGCAUUUUCAGGGUGUCGGGCUCCCAGGUGGAGGUCAAUGAUACUAAAAAUUCAUUUGAAAGAGGUGAAAAUCCUUUGGCAGAUGACCAAAGUAACCAUGAUAUUAACUCAGUUGCUGGAGUACUGAAGCUCUAUUUCCGAGGGCUGGAGAAUCCUAUUUUUCCUAAGGAAAGAUUUAAUGAUCUUAUUUCUUGUGUCAGAACAGAAAAUCUCUAUGAGAGAGCUCUUCACAUACGUAAACUUUUGCUGACAUUGCCCAGAUCGAUCAUUAUCUUACUAAGAUAUCUUUUUGCCUUCCUCAAUCAAUGGCUAAGUCGGCAGCUACAACAUCUGGUGGAGGAUAGUACGACCACAGUAAAGUCCUCGCAGGAAUUUCUACAGAGGCUGAAAGCGGUAAGGAUACAGGAUGAUGAGACGGUCUCAUUUGACGUAACAUCUCUAUUCACGUCCAUCCCGCAAAAACUGGCCAUCUCGACUAUAAAAGAUCUACUACAACUGAAAGGACUGCGAAGCCAGGGUUCCCUUGGGAUGGAGGACGUUAUCAAGUUAUUACAGCUAUGCUUGAAAACACACUUCACAUUCCAGGGUACAAUAUAUGAACAGAUCAAGGGCACGCCGAUGGGAUCCCCUAUUUUGGGGAUCAUCGCUGAAGUGGUCCUACAGUGCUUGGAAGCCAAGGCAAUGGCUGACUACCAACCGGAAUUCUGGGCCAGAUAUGUGGACGACACGUUCGCCAUUAUUAAACAAACGAGAAAAACUGCCUUCAUGGAGAAACUAAACGCAAUAUUCCCGGACAUACAGUUCAUGGCGGAGGAGGAAACCAAUGGUAGCCUGGCCUUCCUAGACGUGUGGAUUACACACCAAACCAAUGGUGCCCUUCACACGACGGUAUACAGGAAAGCCACUCACACUGAUAGGAUGCUGCAUUAUAUGAGUAAUCAUCCAGCAGCCCAUAAAAUCUCAUGCAUGAGGACAUUAUUCGCACACAUAGACACGCACUGCAGUACCAAGAAAGCUAGGCAAGUGGAGCGUGCUUGUCUCCAUCAGGUGUGCAGGUGGAAUGGCUACCCAACCAGCUUCAUCCGAAGAUAUAGUAAAUGUCAAGAACCCCACAGGGCACCGGAUGAUCCAGGGACAACAUCCUGGACAACGAUUCCAUAUGUCCAGGGAGUAUCGGAGGCAACAGCACGCAUAUUGGCGCCCUACAACAUCAAAGUGUCUCAUCGACCCAAUCAAACACUCCGGAUGAAAGCGAUGCAUCCCAAGGAGCCAUUGCCAAAGGAGGAAAAGUCAUUGGUCGUAUAUAGGGUGCGCUGCAAAGAUUGCCAAUGCAACUAUAUGGGGGAGACGGCCAAACGGAUAAAAACUAGAAUACACGAACAUAGACUGGCCAUCAGAAGGCAGGAGCAGUAUUCCCAAAUAUGGACCCAUAUGAUUAAUAACGAGCACUCAUUUGAUUUUAAGGGAGCGGAAGCCAUCGCCCAGGAUGCCUCCAAGGGAGGACACCUGUUAAAGGAGGCCUGGCUUUCCAACAUGGAUUCUAUCAAUCAAUGCAUAGAAUUGCCCCCGGCGUACCAGGCGCUAAGAGUAUACGAGGAGCACUUUCACACCUCCUCCCAUUCUCCAUCCGAAUCGCUCCUCUUCGUUGACAUAGGCAACGUUAGGCUCGAAAGUCUCAUCGCCAGCUGCUCCGGAUCUCUUGCUGGUGUGGCCGGUUCGUUGGAGAACAUAGAAGUCCCCCGUCCGGCGGGCUCCCCCUCUUACGCUCUCUAG